AUGGCUGACUUUCUAGAUGACCCAAGCACACAACUGUGUGACAACUGCAAAAAAGAAAUUCCUGUGUGUAACUUUACCAUCCAUGAGAUUCACUGUCAAAGGAACAUUGGUAUAUGUCCUAUCUGCAAGGAACCAUUCCCCAAAUGUGACAUGGAAACGCACAUGGCUGCCGAGCACUGUCAGGUGACCUGUAGAUGUAACAAGAAGUUGGAGAAGAGACAGUUAAAAACACAUGAGGAGACUGAGUGCCCUCUGCGCCCUGCCCUCUGCCAGCACUGUGAUUUGGAACUUUCCGUUCUCAAACUGAAGGAGCAUGAAGAUUACUGUGGGGCCCGGACAGAGCUGUGUGGCAACUGUGGGCGUAAUGUCCUGGUGAAGGAUCUGAAGACACACCCUGAAGUUUGUGGAAGAGAAGCACAGGAGAAGAGAGAUGCAGUUGCCUUGCCUCCUAAUGCCAAUAAUGAACCAUGGAGUCAAGAGGGAAUGUGGAUCGCCUCCCAUCUUCUCAGACAGAUUGAGGCUCUGGACCCACCUAUGAGGCUGCCCCGGAGGCACAUGAGAGCCUUUGAAUCAGACCUUUUGCAUAGUAGGACUGCCAGCCACAGGAACAUGGCAACCCAGUUUCCAAUUCAAAAUAAUCUGUUUGAAGAACAAGAAAGGCAGGAGAGGAAUAGAGGCCGCCAGCCUGUCAAAGAAGGUGGUGAAGAUAGUGCCAACUUGGACUUCAUGUUGGCCUUAAGUCUUCAAAAUGAGGGCCAGGCCCCCCACAUGGCAGAACAGAACUUCUGGAGGGCUGUCUGUGAGGCUGACCAGUCCCACGGACCACACAGUGCAGCACUGGCCUCAGGUGCAGCUGGCGAGACCAUGUUACCUUGUGAAUUUUGUGAGGAGCUGUACCCAGAGGAACUGCUAAUUGACCACCAGACAAGCUGUAACCCUUCAUGUGCCUUACCUCCGCUCACUACGGGCCGCUCUUCCCCUAAAGUGGUGGAGGAACCUGGUAUUUUCCACAAGUUUUUGCAGCAGACUAACAACUUAGAGUCUUUGAUGGGUCUGACCAGCUCGCCCCCUGUGGAGGACAGCAUCAUCAUCCCGUGUGAAUUCUGUGGGGUACAGCUGGAAGAGGAGGUGCUGUUCCAUCACCAGGACCAGUGUGACCAACGCCCAGCCACUGCAAACAACCACAUGACAGAGGGUUUUCCCAGACAGGAUUCCUGGCCUCGUGAGACCUCACCAGAGCUGCCCAGGAGGAGUGUCAGACACCAGGGAGACCUAGCUGCCGGAUUCUUGGAUGACAUCAAGCAAGAAACAGCUAAAGGGUCGACCUACCCUCUGCCCCCCAACAGACCUAUGAACCAUAUGACAACUACCUAUAACCGACUGUCUAAGUCUACACCAGGCCCCAGGCCUGGGUGCCAGCCUAGCCCUCCUCGAGUAUUGAAACUCAACAACUCAACCAGCCAGGACAUUCGGGGACAGAAUCGCAGCAAUCAGAAUGGGGCUGUAGGCACUGGGCACGUUUCAGUGAUUCAUCCUGUUCGAAACCUCUUCCCAGAAACCCUUGUGCCAUCCUUCGCCCGUGGGCCUGCAGGGAGAUAUGGAGCUAGUGGUAGGAGUGAAGGUGGCCGGAACUCCCGGGUCACUCCCCCAGCCACCAACUACCGUAAUAGAACUGCAAAGGCCAAAAGCCCCAAACAGCAGGGAGCUGGGGAUGCUGAGGAAGAGGAGGAGGAAUAA